UUACAAGAGUUAUCUGUAUAUAUCAAAUCUACUAGACAAUAUAAAAUGACAGGUGGUAAAGGUGGAGGAGGUGGUGGUGGUGGAAAGGGAGGCGGAGGUGGCGGAGCAGGCAAAGGUGGAGGAGGUGGAAGUGGUGGUGCUACAGGCGGUGGUGGUGGAAAGGCCGGCGGAGGCGGUGGAGCAGGCAAAGGUGGAGGAGGUGGAAGUGGUGGUGCUAAAGGCGGUGGUGGUGGUAGCGGCCUUGGUGGCGGGGGGGUCAUGAAGGCGCCAGGCGGCGGCGGCGCGUAUAUUUCAAGGGAAGGCUUUGAGAGUAACCCACAGGGUUACUUCUCUGGUCUCCACUCUGGACAAAAAGGAAAAUGAUCAUGCUUUAAAAUAAAUAAAUAUGCCUAUUUAGUGUGUGUUUUUAAUUUCUUAGUGUUUUUUGGGGGGUUUUAUUAUGUUUUGGCAAGAGUUAUGGAAUAUUUUGGAGCAUGUAAAAAUAACUAUUAUAUGAAGUAAUGAAGUAAGUAAUGUAUGUGGAUGGUUUUUCAUGUUCA